AUGAAGUCCAUCAACGUUAACUUUAUUACUCCUGAAGAGUUAUACCAACUUAUCGAUUUUAAAAAGGUCGAUGUCACCAAGGUUAUUCCCGGAUUUGAUCCAUCAGCUGGCUUCAUGCUUACUUCGCCAGCAUUUUUCACCCCAUUUGAGGAAGACCACCAACCUGUCAUUCAGUGUGACAGCCCAGAAUCAUUACCAUCAUCAUUACCACCAUCACCACCAUCACCACCAUCACCACCAUCACCACCAUCACCACAAACUCCGUCAGUUCCAAACUUUGAAUCAUCUGAAAUCAAAAGUUUAAAUAUAGAAUGUGAUGAGACGAACCCCCAAGAAACUGAAGCAAAAGACCAAGUGAGUGAGGUUCAUUUUGAAGGCAGUGAAUUGACUUUGAAUCAGUCUGCCGUCGAUGAAAGAAAUGAUGAGUUGUGCAAAAACUUGGACUCUUGGUACACCGUCAACGUUUUGUUGGAAGAUGAGUGUCCUUCUGCUCCACACAUGACAUGUGGGGAGUUACCUGCUUGGUUGACUCAACAACCAAAUCAACACGUCGAUGAGAAAUUGACCAUCAAAGCCUUUCAGGAGUUAAUAAACUCCACCAACAACAUCAAUCACACCAACGACACCAACAACAACACAAGCGACAGUAACACUACCAGAAACGAAGACAAAGACAUCAGCACCAACUGCAGUGAGGAGAAAAAUGAUGCAGCUCCGAUCAGUCCAGGCACAGAUGAAGAUGUUGAGAAUGAAGAAUGUUCGAGUUCAGUACACCUGGAUUUAGAAGAGCACGAACCACAGCAAGAACAUGCAGCUGAAGCUGCAGUUGAUGCAGUUGAAACUUAUCAAACUUCCGUGCAAAAUUCAAAUGUCCAAGAAGUUGUUGUUGAUACACUUGAAAAUCAACAAGUCAUUGAACCACUUCCAGCUGAAACUGAAGUUGCUGGAGAUUUAACACCCACAGAUGAAACAGUCUUCUAUGUGAAUCCAAGAGACCGCAUUAUUUACUUGGGAGUUUCGCGAGUCAACCCAGACUAUGGCCAUUACUACGUCAACGGCAAUGACGUAUUUUCAGACCUCAAUCUCACGUUGCAACCUUACCGAAGAGUGCCAGAUGGAAUAAAGAUCACUCCUGUGUCAAACAUUCAACCGCCCGAGUUUUUAGAGUCCGGCACUGAAUAUGUCGUUGAUGAGGCCCGUGUUCUCAAAAAGAGAAUAGUCAAGUUUGCAAACGAGAUCCACACAAGAGAAGAAACAGAGAGUGAGAUCAUAGACAAGAAGGGGUUGAUUUCUGGGUGGAGACCUACGGAGAUUAUCAAGCGUGAGCCAAAGCCAGAGCCGAAACGGGAACCAAAACCGGAACCAAAGUCGGAACCAAAACCGGAACCAAAGCCGGAACCAAAGCCGGAACCGAAGCAGAAGACAAAGAAGAUGAAAUUGUUUUGGCAAAAGUGCAAGACAAAGCUCAAAUUGAGGAAGCCGAACAAGAAGCAGAGCGGCGAGAACUUGGAUUCAAACUUGGCUUCAAACUUGGCUUCAAACUUGGCUUCAAACUUGGCUUCAAACUUGGAAUCGAACCUUAAACCGAACUUGGAAUCCGACUUGAUAUUAAAUCUGAAUUCGAACCUCAAUUCGAACUUGAAAUCUGUUUUGAAGAAACCUACAAUGGAAAUUGAAGAAGGGACGGGAUUGAGACGAUGCAAGUCAUGCAUCAUAUUGGACGCUCCAAAGCUCAAGAAGGAGGACGAGCGUCCAAAGACUUAUCAAAGAGUCACUCGACCUAAAUCUUCUUGA